AUGGAUCACCUAUCCUCCAUCACGGCAGAAGGCCCGCUCUCGCCUUUGUCAUUUUUCCGGGACUGGCAAGGCAGCCAGCUUCCUUUGGACCCUCUGCACAACGAGAUUUAUAUCCCGAACACGCAGCUGCCACGCCAGUUGGACCAGAAGGAACGCGAGCGCGGAUCCCACAUGAACUCUGAUGACGAGAAUGACACGAGCCCGGAAAGGCGCCCAUACCCACCGUUGUUGGAUAUGGGCAUAGGCCACGAGUGGAUGACGAGUCCAGAGUCGGUCGACACCGAUCUCGACGAUGAAAGCGUACUUUCUUGUUCUACCUCAUCGUUAUCGCCGCCAUAUCCCGAUUCAGAUCUUCGCCACUUCACCGACUCGGAAGACUACCUGGACGACCUAAAUGACGAUGACCUUUAUUUACCACACGCAUUUGCUUCACUGGGAUCCAAUUCAACUACACCGUCGCCGCUGACCGACAUAUACCACCCCCUAGAUCAAUACCCUUCGCAUUACCAGCAAUUGUACAAAUCUAUCACCAGAACCACAUCCCCAACACCCCCGCCUUUGACACUGCAUGAACCACCGCUGAGCGAGCCACCGCCACACCCGCCACCACCAAUACCGGAGCCAUCUGCGCAAACAAGUAAGGAGGAUCCGCCACUCCCGACCUUACUGACCGCAACACCAACGCCUGCUCGCUCUCCGCCAUCAUUUGGCUCGCCUUGCGAAUUUGAUUUCGACAAUGGUGAGCUGAUACCAUGUUCGCCAUCCCGCAGGCGCUCAACGGAGCUGCCCAGCAUGCACGACGACACGUCAGGCAGUGACAGUACAAAUCAGUUAUCGGAGCCUCAACCCCAGCGUACAGCGUGGCUCAACCUCCCCGGUGCAGAGACAGACGAUGACCUCAUACCCACCGAACUUGCGUCGAAGAACUACGUUCCAGACCCAACCAUCACCGUGCCGACCUCUCAGCCAAUGCACAGCUUGCUCAUCUGGGGCCCGACGUCGGCCACGGCGUUUACUUUCCCGAGUUCGUGUAUGAGCGAUUUUCUGCCUGCGGCUGUGCGGUCACCGUCGCCCGAGGCGUCGUCGAUCGACCUUGAUCUGGACCCGGCAACACUGGCGGAGCUUGCGCCGGAGGGAGAAAGUGAGGAUGCACAGAAGCUUUGGGAGAUGCGGGUGAGAAAGGCGAGGAGUGAGAAUUGGGAAAAGGAGCGGUGUCGCGAGCUGGAAGCGCUUUUGAGGUUGAAGCUCAGGUUGGACGAGAAGAGGGCUGAUGGUGCGAGCAGUGGAGUCGACACCGAUGCUGACGCGACGACUGGCGCUAUGCGAGCCGCGUCUCACCAUUCCCCGCCCAGACGAUCGUCUUCUUCGUCCAAAGGGAGAAUUACCAACAUGGCACAGCUCGUCGCCAACAUGGUGUUCCACCGCCAGCAAGAACCGUCGUCGCCGAAAAGGAGCCAUCAUCCUGCACCGCGCAGCAGCUCCAUCGUGUCGUCCCCCCAGCCGUCCGUUGCUGCUGGUGUGAAAACGCAUCCGACGCCACGCUCGCCGUUGCGUCAGGUUACGCUGCCUGAUGAGCUUGAGGAUGAGGAUGAGGAUGAGGAAUGUUUGUCUCCUUUGUCGCCUCUGUCGCCGUUGACUCCAUUUGGAUUGUGUGAGUCGCCGUUGAGUUUUUUGACGGAGCUCGACCCCAUUCGGAUGAGCGACAAGGAGCACGAUCUUUCCUGA